AUGAAACAUGACAAGAAGCGCGGCAAACUUCGUCUAGUUACUCUUUUUACUCUGGAGGCUUAUCGUAAAAAGGGUGGAACAAAUUUUAGGAAGAAUUGUUGGAUCUUUGUACUUCCCAUAUUUUCCAAACAUAUUUUUUGCAUAGGUAGUUAUUUUUUAUAUUGUCUAUUUAUUUAUUUAUUUCUAAUGCGGCAUCGUUCAAUCAUCAGUCUCGUCCUGUGA